GUCACCAGACUUUGGUUUGGCGUUGGGAAAGACGACCCCUCGCGAGUCAGUUUCCUACCCCGGUCUUACACAACCGCCAAAGAAGAACAAGAGACAGACCCGAGAGACAAACAUAUAAGCGUCUUGAUCAAUACAGAGACUGAUCAAUUCCCCGCGCACAGCGUGGCGUCCCGGAGGCAUCGGCCGGAGAUGAAAUCGCCAUUGCGGAGGCUCCGGGGCUUCGGCCACCACCACCCCAAGGAGCGGAAGGCGCACCCCCCGCCGCCCGCCAAGCUCGACGAGCUCGCCGAAGCUGCCCAGGAUGUGGAACAAAUGAGGAAGUGUUAUGACGGCUUGCUUUCAGCUGCAGCCGCUACAACAAAUAGCGUCUAUGAGUUUUCGGAGGCCUUGGUGGAAAUGGGAAGUUGCUUACUUGCAAAAAAUGCACUAAAUGAUGAGGAUGAUGAUAGUGGCAGAGUGCUGAUGAUGCUUGGAAAGGCCCAGUUUGAACUAACAAAGUCUCUGGAUAACUAUCGUACACAUAUCAUUCAUACAAUCACUACCCCAUCGGAAUCUCUUCUCAAGGAGCUACAAACCGUGGAGGAAAUGAAGCACCAAUGUGACACGAAAAGGGAGGCGUACGAAGUCAUGAGGGCAUCUUAUGGACAAAAAGGACAGUCAAAGAAUUCAAAAGUCGAAUCGUUUUCUGCAGAACAACUGCAAGAUUCACUUGUUGAAUACCAAGAGGAUGCAGCGUUGUUCAUAUUUCGCUUGAAAUCUCUGAAGCAGGGGCAAUUCCAUAGUCUUUUAACACAGGCUGCUCGCCAUCAUGCUUCUCAGCUAAUUUUUUUCAGGAGAGGACUCAAGUGCCUUGAGGCACUUGAACCCCAUGUAAAAGCAAUAGCUGAGAAACAGCACAUUGACUAUCAGUUCACCGGCCUUGAGGAUAAUGAAUCUGACAACGAUGGCUCCAGCUCUUACCAAGAGACUUGUAGUGAUGACAGAGAACUGAGUUUCGACUAUGAAAUAAAUGAUAGAGACCAAGAUUUUAUUGCUUCGAGAGGUUCAAUGGAUUUGGAUAAAGGAGACCUGAGGACUUCCCCAACGCCAAUAAAAGAGAUCAAGCAGGAAGAGGUGAAGCUACUGAAGGCAGAAGCAGCAGCUCCACAAGUGAAGCCUGAGAUCAUCACACAUUCAGCUCCAAUGUUUGCUGACAAUUUUGUCGAUCAAACAGAGAGGCUUCGGCAAAUCCGGCCAUCUUCAGCCCGGCACUCAUACAAACUCCCAACACCAGCGGAUGAUGACUAUCCCAGAUCAGCAGCUGUUCACAGGUCUCAUCAUUCCGCGCAUUUUUUCGGAAGUAAAGAUGGCGCUGCAGCCAACUUGUGGCAUUCAUCUCCACCGGCGAAAGAUUACAAGGCGAGCACCAUGCAUAGUGGUCCCAUUAAACUGCCAUCAAACUCUGAUUUUAGUAAGAAGUUAAAGAGAGAGUCCUGGUCUGGUCCGAUUCCAAGCAAAGCAGGAUCAAGCAAGCCUGAUCCCAAGUCAUCCAUGGGCCGUCCUCAUGCGAUGAUAUCCAAGUCGUGUGUUCAUGCUAGGCAGCCGUCACCAGUUUCACCCAAGAUGUUCCCACCUUCAAUAGUAUCCCCCAAAAUCAGUGAGGUUCAUGAGCUGCCUAGGCCUCCAGCCAAUGUUGAGCCCCUCCGGCCUUGUGGUCUAGUUGGCUACUCCGGUCCUUUGGUAUCAAAGCGCCAAGCUCCUACAGCACCUGUCCGUGCCUCGCCAACAGCGUCGCAGACAGCCUCGCCGCUUCCGCGGCCACCUGCUUCCUUGGCUCGCAGUUUCUCCAUACCCUCGAACAGCCAGAGAACACCCCUCAUUACAGUCAAUAAGUUGCUUGAGGCCAGAAGUAGCCGAGAGAGCAGUGAAAUUUCCUCCCCACCACUCACUCCGUUGUUUUCUUCUACCAGCCAACACAAAAAACAAUUAAAGGCAGCACUCGGAGAAAAGGGUAUGUCAUAGAUCAUGUCUUCCCAUUACACCUAAGCUGCAUCCAGUCUUGCUAUUGCAGCGGUAGUCGCAGAUGAUUUAACAAUAGCUUAUCUGACAACCAUCAUCUAUUGUUGUACCACAGAAUCCUUGUGACAACUACCUGCCAAUUGUGGAUCGUUCUUAGACAAUUUUGAUGUAAUUAGUGGUGUAUUUUAGGCUCUUGUUCAUAAUAUUCUAUCACUUUAGCGUUUGUCUUGUGAAAUGAUAAAUAAUACCGUGAAGCAAUUUACUAUGAUUAUGUAUGGUGGCAGUUCUUUGUA